AGACCGUUUUACUACGUACCUAGGUUGUUAUGGAUCUAAACGUAUACAUUAAAUAUUCUCUAUCGUUGUAUUUUAAUAUUGAAAGUGUACGGUUCAAAUUAAUCUUCACAAGUUAUCAUGCUAGUGAAACUUUCGAGCUUUUUCAUAUGCAGAAAAUCAGAAAGGCAUCUGAUUUAUCGUAUGUUGCGUGUUAAUUGACUAUAUGUGUUUUGUGUUACAGACAAUCAAAUUUAUUUUUCAUAAACCAAUAUAUUUUGUGUGAAUUUAGGAAUUUUGUAGCAAAAUUAAUACAGUAUUUUCUGAAAAGAUACAUUGACGUAACAUCACGUGCAUGGUUAGGCAGCGGGCCAGCUUCACCCGGGAGGUUUUUCCCUGAGCCCGAAGGCCCAGUACCCACUUUAGUGACAGGGAUAAGCAGUUCGCCUCCGGCUGGCGUCGAACCCGGAAGCAUGACAAUUGGCCUCCAAAGCUCUAACCAGUAGAGCUGACUCAUCCCGUCGAAAAACAAUGUUGACAAUGUUGCAUACGCAAAAAUAAUGUUGACAAGGCUCUAACCAGUAGAGCUGACAAUGUUGCAUACGCAAAAUAAGACAAUUGACUGCAAAAACAAAUAACUAAAAAUAUAUGAAAGAUAAGAAAGGCCUAUAAACACCUGCCAACCACAGAAGAUAGAGGAGACACCUGACAAACGUACCGAGAACCAUUGGCAAAAGGCUGAAGAAGGGACGAUCAAAGUCCAAAAGAGUAGCCUGAGACCAACUCACGGAACCAAAAUCAGGCGAAAACUUGGAACCUUUAAACCCCUUCAUUACAAAGGAAACCGCAAUACUACUGCGUCACAAGUCCAAAACAUCAUUAGCAUCGACUACACCAAAACAACGCCGACAAUACCCUUAAAAACCCUAAACCAACUGCAUAGGAGAAGAGAGUCAGAGCUGUGUGAACUGCAUAGCUCACACUAACCAGAACCCACUACCAUCUUCAAAAAGGGGAAACAAUUAGGAAAAUCCAGUUUUGUCGUGAUAUUUUCUUGGAAAACUCCAGUUCUUGAGAGGAAACCACCAAUUCUGAACGACAUAAAGUUACUGACGUGAGAAGGACCACCAGAAUCUGUAGUCAACCAAAAAGGCUAUGAUCCCUCUUACGGUAAUAAAUUAAUUUACCAUGAAGAUUCUCGACUAUAUGCAGUAUGUAACUCUUGAUACAUCAUAAUGUAAUUAUGUCAAAAACUGAUUGGUGUUAAAAAUGUCUAUUCAGUUGGAGUCAAAUAAAAAAAGUAUAUAAUAACAUAGUAUUUCAUAUUUUAAUAUGCGAUUACUUUUCCUUAUUUUAUGAAGAAAAAACAUUAUUAUAUUUGAUUUUCGUAGUCCAACCUCAGAAGAAAGUCUAUAUAUACUCAAUCUCUCUCACUCUCCAUUUCUCAAAAUCUCUCAACUCUCUUUCUCCCAUGGCUUCUUCUUACAUAAUAUCACCAAACACAGCCAAACUCAAUCUCUCCUUUGCACCUUCAGAUCUCGAUGCUCCUUCACCGUCAUCCUCCGUUAGUUACACCAACACCAAGUCCAGACGCCGUAAAUUCUCAACAAACUCUGUCACAGACUCUCCGGCUUUAUUAACUUUCCCAAAUUACCCUUCGCCAAACCCCAUAAUUCCGGAGAAGGACACUUCUCACUGGAAUCCUCUCCAACGCGCCGCCUCCGCCGCUUUCGACUUCGCCGAGGCCGCAUUACUCUCUCGCGAGCGUUCUCAGCCUCUUCCUAAAACCGUUGAUCCUCGCCAUCAGAUCUCCGGUAACUACGCUCCGGUGCCGGAGCAAUCCGUUAAAUCAUCACUCUCCGUUACCGGGAAAAUCCCUGACUGCAUUGACGGCGUUUAUUUACGUAACGGCGCUAAUCCACUCUUCGAGCCAGUCUCUGGCCAUCACCUCUUCGACGGAGACGGCAUGGUUCACGCCGUUAAAAUUACUAACGGAGACGCGAGUUACUCGUGCCGGUUUACGGAAACCGAGAGAUUGGUUCAGGAGAAACGUCUUGGUUCUCCGAUUUACCCUAAAGCCAUAGGCGAGCUACACGGUCACACCGGUAUCGCUCGGUUGAUGCUAUUUUACGCACGUGGUUUAUUCGGUUUACUAAAUCACCGUAACGGAACCGGAGUCGCUAACGCCGGUUUGGUUUAUUUCCACGACCGGUUAUUAGCAAUGUCUGAAGACGAUCUCCCUUACCAAGUUCGCGUCACCGAUGAUGGCGAUCUCGAGACCGUCGGAAGAUUCGACUUCGACGGACAAUUAAACUCCGCCAUGAUCGCUCACCCUAAAAUUGACCCUGAAACGAAGGAGCUAUUCGCGUUGAGCUACGACGUCGUUAAGAAACCGUACCUGAAAUACUUCAGAUUCUCGCCGGAAGGGGAGAAGUCGCCGGACGUUGAGAUUCCUCUCGCGAGUCCGACGAUGAUGCACGAUUUCGCUAUCACUGAGAACUUCGUCGUGAUUCCUGAUCAACAAGUUGUGUUUAAGCUCUCCGACAUGUUUCUCGGGAAAUCACCGGUUAAGUACGACGGAGAGAAAGUUUCCCGGUUUGCAAUUUUGCCGAAAAACGCAGAGGACGCGUCGGAGAUGAUCUGGGUAGAGUCUCCGGACACUUUCUGUUUCCACUUGUGGAACGCUUGGGAGUCACCGGAGACUGAUGAGGUUGUUGUGAUCGGAUCUUGUAUGACUCCGGCGGAUUCGAUCUUCAACGAGUGUGAUGAGCAGCUCAACAGUGUUUUGUCUGAAAUCCGGUUAAAUCUUAAAACCGGAAAAUCCACGCGAAGAACUAUAAUUCCCGGUUCGGUUCAGAUGAAUCUUGAAGCUGGUAUGGUGAACCGGAAUUUUCUUGGGAGGAAAACCCGGUACGCGUACCUAGCCAUAGCCGAACUGUGGCCUAAAGUAUCUGGAUUCGCUAAAGUGGAUCUUUCAACCGGAGAAGUUAAAAAUCAUUUUUACGGUUAUAAAAAAUACGGAGGUGAACCUUUUUUCUUACCCAGAGGGUUAGAAUCCGACGGAGAAGAUGACGGUUACAUUAUGUCGUUUGUUCACGACGAGGAGAGUUGGAAAUCGGAGCUUCAGAUUGUUAACGCCGUUACGUUGGAACUGGAAGCAACCGUUAAGUUGCCAUCAAGAGUACCGUAUGGUUUUCACGGCACGUUCGUAAAUUCUGCUGAUAUGGUAAACCAGGCUUGAUAUGUAGUAAACUGAAACCGGUCAUGGUUGGUUUAUUGUGCAUAUGGCAGAUUUUAGUUUUUUCUUUUUGUGGAAACAAAUACUAGUUUUCUAAAGCAAAAGCGGCGGGAGCCGGCUUGUAGCUAGUGUAAGUAUAAUUUUUGUGAGCUCAGCUGCUUUCUGUUGCAUUUUUUUUCCUGGUGUAAAAUGGACAAUUAAGCCUGUUAAAUUAAUUAAUAAAUUAGAUUUUGAUCCGCGUUUUGAAAGCUCGAGUAUUUUUUUCUUUUACAAAUUUUAUAUAAAUGUGUCAAAUAUUUGUAAGUUCAUGUUUUCUAUAUAUUAUUGAACUUUCAUUUAAAAUAUGGGAAAACAUUUGGAGUUCAACGUUUAGAGAGUUCUUUUUAAUGUUUUCAUAUGGUGACAACAUUUCACUCUUUGAAUUCAAAUAUAAAUCAUAUCGAAUUAUAAUUUAUGUAUAAAAAAUUAGAGUUUAAUAUUUCUAUCACAGAUUAUGCCAAAUCAUUUAAACUUUACUGGACAUCAUAUAUAUUUAAAAGUGAGGAUAUUAUUUUCUUUUUAAAUUGGGCAAUUCUCUCAAAUAACCAUUUUUAAGUUUUUGUCACAAAAAUUACUCUCAAGAAAUAAA